UUGACCAUGAACGCUCAAAGGCUGCCGGCCUUUCCUCCUCUUGAAACGGUUGAGCGUCUUAUCAAUGUCGAAAAGCUCGGCAAUUGCGUUCCUGUCUAUGUCGAAAUUCCCGCUGACCUCUUGACACCCUGCAUCGCGUACCUCCGGAUCGCAAAGGAUUCGAAAUAUAGCUUUCUUCUGGAGUCAGUCCUGAAUGGAGAGAAUGUGGCGCGCUAUAGUUUCAUCGGGGCAGACCCAAUUAAGAUAAUCAAGACUGGACCGGGCCAGGAGUACACGGGCGAUCCUAUGACUUUACUCCAACGUGAACUGUCUCUUCACAAAUACAUCAAGAUCCCAGAAGUGCCAACUUUCACUGGUGGUGCUAUCGGCUACGUUGCGUUCGACUGCAUUCAACACUUUGAACCCAAAACAGCAUGCCAACUCGUCGAUCCUCUUGGAAUUCCUGAAGCAGUUUUCAUGCUUGUCGACACUCUCCUCAUCUUCGAUCAUCUCUUCCAGACCGUCAAGGUCGUUUCACAUGUCUUUUGCCCCAAGAACGCAGGGACGGUCAAUUUGGCUUUUGUUUAUCAAACUGCCGUCGCCAAAGCGCGGCGUUUGGCCAAAUCUCUCUUGACGAGCAUCACUCCAGAGCCAAAACAACCACCAAUAAUACUCGGACAACAAGCAACAUCCAACGUUGGCAAGGAGGGCUAUGAGGGCUUCGUAACGACGCUGAAAAGGCAUAUCAUCGCAGGAGACAUCAUUCAGGCAGUUCCUUCCCAGCGCCUCGCCCGCCCAACUUCGUUGCAUCCCUUUAACGCAUAUCGACAUCUGCGGCAGGUGAACCCCAGCCCGUAUAUGUUCUACCUCGAUUGUGGCGAAAUCCAAAUCGUAGGCGCCAGUCCAGAGACGCUCUGUAGAGUUGAGCAUAACGUGGUAUAUAAUCAUGCAAUUGCUGGGACCACAAAACGCGGCAAGACACCAGAAGAGGACGAAAAGCUAGGUGCAGCCCUCCUUGCGUCUGAGAAAGACCGCUCCGAACACAUCAUGCUCGUUGAUCUGGCGAGAAACGAUGUUAACCGUGUUUGCCAACCUAAGACAGUCAAAGUCGACCAUUUGAUGAAGCUGGAAAAGUUCAGUCAUGUCAUCCAUCUUACUUCCCAAGUUUCUGGCACCCUACGCGAGGAUAAGACACGGUUUGAUGCUUUCCGGUCAAUAUUCCCAGCCGGUACUGUGUCUGGAGCCCCGAAAAUCAAAGCGAUCGAAAUAAUCUCCUCCUUGGAAAAGGAACGUCGAGGAGUCUAUGCAGGAGCUGUCGGUCGCUUCGACUUUGCCGAGGACGAAAUGGAUACCUGCAUUGCUAUCCGCACCAUGACUUUCAAAGACGGGGUAGCUUACCUACAAGCUGGUGGCGGAAUCGUAUUCGAUAGCGAGGAAGAAGACGAAUAUGUGGAAACACUGAACAAGCUUCAAGGAAAUGUUAGAGCGUUGGAGGUAGCUGAAAGGCACUGGGCGGAGGUACAAACCGCUGCUCCGAGAGCAAGAUGA